AUCUCAUUAUCAAUUUCUCGUAUUUUCAUUAUCUCACAGCCACCGCCGUGACCAUCCGUCCCUCUUAUCAGUCGGUCACUCAAAUGAGGAGAGAGAGAGCAGCAGAGCAGAGGAGAUGAGAGAGAAACCGCUCUGAUCUUUAGAUUCGCCCCGAAAUUCUCUCCGUCGCUCUCAUUGGCCUUCUUUUAUUAUGAGAAGGAAACGAGGAAAUCCACCUAUUUAAUUAAAUCCCAAAACAAAUAAAACCGAAGUCUCUCUUCUUGGACUCCAACAAAUCAACCACACCACACCUACGCCCAGCCUUCUCUCUAACCUCCUCUCCUCCGCUGCCCUUUGGGAUUUUGGCGAUGAUGUCAUUUUCGUAAAUGCAAUGGCGGCGGCCACCACCACCACCACCACUAGAGGCUUCGCGACUCACCCCAGGCGCCUCUCCUUCCUCCAUCAUCUACCGCAUCCGCACCGGAACAAUGCUCACACCGCCGACGUGGACGAGCUGAGCAAGCGGCGGAGGCUCACCAUCGGCGGAAACCGAGUCGGAGUGAGUCGAAUCAGUUGCUGCUGUUCCGACUCGGCGGUUCCGAUUCGGAGUAGCUCCCCCGCCGAGAAGAGGAACAAGUGCGACGAGCGGCGGUUCGAUUCCAACAAGAGGCCUCCUCACAGAGCUGGACUCAAAGCUGCUGCUGCAUUGCCCUUUGCUUCUGAGCAAUCUCAAUUUGCCUCCAAACAAAACAGCAAGGUGUACCCUCGCCGGCGCCCUCGCUGUACUCCGGGAAAUACUGGUCCACAAUCUCGUGAUACUCCGCCGAAAAGAGAUACUGGUAUUGCCAGUGAGAAGGAAUGGGGUAUUAGCUUGUUAAACGAACAUGUGAAGGAAUCCGGCACUAAUGAAGAUGGAAGUACUUGGUACCGAGAAAGCGGGGAGGAGCUGGGGAACACUGGGUACAGAUGUAGGUGGACAAGGAUGGGUGGUGCUUCUCAUGACUCCUCUUCAGAGUGGAGAGAAGAGUGGUGGGAGAAAAGUGACUGGACCGGAUACAAAGAGCUAGGCAUUAUUUGCAUCAUUUAUAUUUUCAUAGGUGUGGAGAAAUCUGGUAGAAAUGCUGAAGGGGAUUCAUGGUGGGAAACCUGGCAAGAGGUUCUUCAUCAAGAUGAAUGGAGUAACCUAGCAAGGAUUGAGAGAAGUGCACAGAAACGAGCAAAAUCAGGCACUGAAAAUGCUGGAUGGUCUGAGAAAUGGUGGGAGAAAUAUGAUGCCAAAGGCUGGACUGAGAAAGGAGCACACAAAUGGGGUAGACUUAAUGAACAGUCUUGGUGGGAGAAGUGGGGAGAGCAUUAUGACGGAAGGGGAUCAGUUCUCAAAUGGACAGAUAAAUGGGCAGAGACUGAACUUGGAACCAAAUGGGGAGACAAGUGGGAAGAGAAGUUCUUUGAGGGUAUAGGUUCACGACAAGGGGAAACAUGGCAUGUUACUUCCAAUGAUGAACGUUGGUCAAGGACAUGGGGAGAAGAACACAUAGGAAAUGGUAAAGUGCACAAAUAUGGGAAGAGCACAACAGGUGAAAGCUGGGAUAUUGUUGUGGAUGAGGAGACCUAUUACGAGGCUGUGCCGCAUUACGGAUGGGCAGAUGUUGUAGGCGAUUCUACCCAGUUACUAUCAAUUGAACCUCGUGAAAAGCCGCCUGAGGUCUACCCAAACUUUGACUUUACGAGAUCACCACCUGCAAUGGGUACACCGCUUCCAGAGAAUGAACCACCACCACCUACAGAGGAUGAACCACCUCCGGAAGAUUAACCGGCGGAUGAAUUUUCUCCAUAAUGAAAGGGUAAUUAAUGUUAGGAUGUUUAGAAUAUUGCUCGAAGUCCAAUUACGCUGGUUGAAACUCGUCAUGUGGCGAAAAGUACUCCUAAAUUUAUUCAUUCUUUCAAUCUCCAUCUUUUCAUUUUGGAUUUCGCUACAUUUCCCAUUAUUCAUUUGGGAGUUUCAUUGAUUUUACAAGUGUUGGCA